ACCUUUGGCAGGUGUUACGUUUCAUUUAGCUUCUUGUAUUAAAAGAAACGAAGGUGAUUCCCACAAGAUAACGUCAGCCUGUUAUUUCACGGCGUGAGUUGCUGUGGAAAGUUUCUGAAGUUGCAAGUGUGGGAGGGAGGAGGAGAGGGAGGAGAAGGGUGGAGAAGGGUGGAAGCUCCGUGAGCAUUUCAGAGACACUGCUGCGUUCACACGGAUCACUCCGGGUAUGAGCUCCGGGAUGUCGGCCGUCAAAGCUCUGCAGCAGUGGUGCCGGGUCCAGUGUGAGGGGUACCGGGAUGUGUCCAUCACCAACAUGACCACGUCCUUCAGGGACGGUCUGGCUUUCUGUGCCCUCAUUCACAAACACAGACCCGACCUCAUAAAUUUUGAUUCCCUGAAGAAGGACGAUGUUUAUGAGAACAAUAAGCUGGCAUUUAAGGUUGCAGAGGUGGAGCUGGGAAUUCCAGCAUUGCUGGAUGCAGAAGACAUGGUGGCUCUUAAGAUUCCUGAUCGCCUCAGUAUUCUGACAUAUGUCUCACAGUAUUACAACUACUUUCAUGGACGCUCCCCUAUCGGUGGUAUGGCUGGUAUAAAGCGUCCGGCAGAGGGUCUCACUGAUGAGCCGCCUGGGAAGAAGAACCAGCCUGUGGUGUCAAAGGUGUUACCUGCUGCUAAACCUGCCAGAGAGAACAGUCCUCCACCUUCCUCCAACAUAACAAGGCCCACUCCUUCACCACUGCAAAUCAGAAGUUCAUCACAGGAUGCUCAUGUUCAGAAAUCCCAUCAGACUGGAACCCUGAGUAACAAAUGCGUGUCCUGUGACAAACAUGUUCAUCUGGUGCAGCGACAUCUAGUGGAAGGGAAGCUGUAUCACAGAAACUGUGCAAAGCUGCUAUCAACCAACAAAAGCUCACCGCUUCAUAAUUUACCCACAAAUACUUUUGUUUCCAAAUACACUCCUCAACCUGAUUCCAGUAAAGCCAACACAGUUACUUCAGCUCACACACCGUCCAGACUUGGACCAACAUGGCCGACAGAGAGACCCAGCACCACUCCCAAGAUCUCCAGCACAUUUUCCACUUCACCUUCUUCCUGGUCUGCAUCAGGUCCUGCUUCAAAGGAAAGUCCAGCAGCCAUUGUCUCUAAACCCACUUCUCCUCGUGACACUGCCUUCACUACCACCUCCUCCAUCAGCUCUACUCCCAUUGCUGCUCCUCGGGCCUCAGCUGCAGCAGCCAAGACACGAGAGUCUAAGCUUAAGUUCUUGCAGUCAGAUAAUAACACCAACCAUGAAGAAAGAAAGACUUCAACCAUCAGUGUGGACCUAAAUAAAGGUCAGAGUAUGGGUGGUAAGACACAGGAAGCCAAGACAAGUCCGGCCGUAACUGUGGUUGUAAAUGUUAAAGAUCCUGAUAAAGGCAAGGUUACUACUAAAACAACUGGUGUGGGUAGCAUGGCCCGCACGAAACAUGAAGGCCAUGAGAGCAAUAAGGCAGCAGCAGCAGCCUUCAUCUCCAAGAAACUGACUGAGGAGAAUAACAACAACAGUAAGCCAUCAUGGAUGACUACCGCUCUCAAAACAACUGAGAAGCCUCAGUCUCAAGUAGAAACACCUAAAAGGGAGACAGAGGGUGGCAGAGGGAGGGUUAAACUGAAAGCAGACCCUGCAAUCCUUGCUGAUCUUCAUGUUCCAGAGCCCAAGAACUCUGCUCACAGUCCAGCUGGCAAGUGUGGACAUGCAGACAAGACCCCAAACUUAAAGCCCGGCAGAGCAUCACCCAACACUUCAGUGUCAGACAACGAGUCGCCAGCAGAUUGGAGAUCAAAGCUCAAGCCUGUCUCCAAAGAAACCAAACCUGCAGGUCCUCCACAGUCUUCUCCUAAACCAUGGUCUAAUGGAGCUGAAAAAACACCAGGGGUUUCUGCUGGGCCUUCUUCAUCUUCCCCUCAUAUUCCCAGCCCAAGUUUUUCUCUGACCCCACCAGUAUCAAAGGGAUUUCAGAAUGGCCAGAAAGCGCAAACUGCAAAUGGCACCAAGUCAGAGUCAAAGGUUUCUAAGGUAACAAGCCAGACAAAUCCAGACUACAUUCCCAAAGAGGAUAUCAGCAGAGAGCUUCAGGAGAUUGAAAAUAAUCUGAAUGAGCUGGAGCAGAGAGGCGUGGAGCUGGAGAUGAAGCUGCGCAGCUGUGAGGAAGAGGGGGAUGAUGACACACUCAUGGAUGAGCUCAUGGUUGAGUGGUUCAACCUGAUCAGGAACAAGCAGGUGGCCAUGCGUCGGGAGUCUGAGCUGGUAUACAUUGGGAAAACUCAGGACCUGGAGGAACAGCAGCCCAAUGUUGAGCUGGAGCUCAGGAGGCUGAUGGAGAAACCAGAACAUAUGAAAUCGGCCUGGGAAAGAAAGCGAGAAGAGCAGCUGAUGGAAAAACUAAUGGAGAUUGUCAACGAUAGAAACGCUAUUGUUGAGGGUCUGGACGAGGACAGACUCAGGGAGGAAGAGGAGGAUGAGCAGCUAAACAAGAUGAUGAUGAAUUUCAGCAUUAAAAAGGACAAACCAAAGAAAAAAUCCAAGCUGUUCAGCUGGGGAAGCAAGAAGGAAAGAUGAUGCUCCACAAUCACACCGCUGUGUCUGUCUUUUGAUGUUUCUGCUGCUUACUGUCAGUGUAUUCAGCCUGUGAUUCAUUGGAUGACAUGGAUACUGUGUGUUGGUGUGUACCACAUGUGCAGGCGCGUGUGCAUGAGUUGUCAUCCUCAGUGCUGCUUAAAAAAAAAGAAGCCCUCCCCUUUGUCGACUGCAUCAGUCAAGAUCUGACAUUAGUCCUGCCUGCCGACAAAACACACACACACACACACACUCAAUUAAAGCUCACACAAACAUACGUAUACCGAUGAUUCUGGAGGGUUAAUGACUCCCCACUCAUGAUGUGAUUGGGUUCAGUGCUCUGCUUGUUUACUUAUAAUCUCCUUCAAGUCUUAAUCUGUAAACUUAAUGCCCUCACACACACUGCUUGCUGUCUCCUUACAUCUUCUUACUUGUGCACCUCGUUGAAAUUUUGUUUUCAUAUGGAAACAUUGAUGCUAAUAGGAGUUAAAAGAACAAGAUUCAUUACCGAUGUCAGACAGUUGCCUGCAGCUCAUGUUUCAGUCCAGGCUUCAAACAUUUAGGAAGUUAAGAAUCAUGUCUUGGCUCGUUGUUAUACAGUAUAACCACGUAUGGUGCUCAUUUUUAUGCAGGAUAAACGCAUCUUUCUGACAUUUUUCUUUUGCAAUAACUUUUUUUUACUCAGAACAUUGCAUUAAAAAAAAAAGAAAAAGUAGUGGUGUUUUCUAGACUAAUGGCAUCCAACCGAAGAUCUAGCAAGGAGAAAGCAGGUUAACAGGAUUUUUCUUUUCCUUUUUUUUCCCAUUGAGAAUUGUUAUAUAAAUACAUCAAAUAGAGGGAAUAAUAAUUCUGUUAUUUAGCUAAAACAUUUUUCAGAUAAAUACACAAUCUGUGAUGAAAACUGUUUGUCCACCCGAAAAGCAGUGAGCUCUGCACAUCAUCAUGAACUCUGAUUUCAUUGAUCUGGUCUUUCUCUCACUGGUGGGUGUUUCUUUCCAGUAACUCAAACAUAAGGAGGGAAAUGCCACAUGUGGUCCACAUUGGACUUGAAUUUGUGAAUGUUUUUUUAAUAUAUAUAUAUAUAUACAUCUGAAUUAACUGCAUGUCAGUUGCCAUUAGAAAUGGUGUGUUAAUCAGGCCAAGGAUGCACUCUGGUGACCUUGUUAAUAGUCUUGUCAUCUAACUCACUCACUUUUAUCAGAAGUAAAUGGUAAUGCGUGGAAGUGGACAUUGUAUAUAUGUUCAUAUUCUCCUUUUGGUUUUACUCACAACAAUCUUGAUUACUGACUGGACAAACUUACCUGAAUUUUAAUUACUGUAAUAAAUGUACUUUAUUAAUAAAACACAAGUCUAAAUUAA